UCAUUUUGAAAUAAACAAAAAAAGUAAUAGUUUUGGAAAACUUUCUAAAUUCAAAAUUUUCCAAUAUGUCCAAAGAAAGAAUUACCAUAUUUUUCUUCAAAAACGGUCAACCACUCCAGGCCCCCCACAAAGUUGAGGUCGAGCGCCAGAAAUUGGAAAAAUAUCAGAUUGUGAAGCGUAUCAAUCGGUUGCUGUACUACAAUGGAUAUGUAGUUUACACAUUAUUUGGAGAAGUAUUGCGUUCGAUUAAAGAAAUCCACAAUGAGUCGGCGUUCGUAGCGGUGCCAAGAGAUCGAUGUUUCCUACCGGGACCGUACACAAAAGCGUUUCGGGAUUACAUCAACGAAAAAUUACCAAUCCUGAAAGAGAAAAGGGACAAGGUGGCCAAAAAGGAUAAAUCUCUACAAAAGAAUGCUCGACAGUGUACCAAACGAGCUGGUUGUCGUCACCCCACGGUAGAAGCGGGUCGCAAAACUGCUGGGAUUAAGAACACAGGGGAAUCGUGCGAUUGCCAAAAUUUUGAUGCACGAACACUGAACUCGCGUAAAUCAAAAACCAGAAUUAAACGGAAAAAGAAGAGUAGUAUUGGUUGGAGAACGUGUUUCAAAAGAAAGGAGCGACGUAAAGAACCCAUAGUUCGAUUAAGAAAGUGUGAUUUGACUCGAAUUGAGCAAGAAAGGACGAGAAGGGAACCUAAGACCAAGCGUGGUUCCACUUGCUUCGGAAGAAAACUCACGCGGGCUGAGCAUUACAAGAAACAGCGUGAAAAGCUCGUUAAACAACGGAACGACCGAAUCGUCAAUGAUGAAAAACAUAAGGCCAAAGUAAGAAAGGCGCUGCAGAGUCGAACAAGAAGUCGUAGAAGGAAGCAGCGUUUCAAGACACUAUGUUGUCCGUGUUGCACCAUAAAACCCGUUCCAAUGAUUGUUCCACCACCGCCACAUAGCUGUACAAAACAUCUAAGACAUGCGCGUCACGAAGCCUGCCGUCGUCGCCGAGAACUAGCAAUUCAAGAACAGCCUUCAUGGGAGAGUAUCGCCGUUCCACCGAUGUCCAGAAAGAGAAUCCGUGGUACUCAGACUACAAAAGACGAUUUGAAGCGAGCACAUAAGGCUUCGGGUACAGGUGGUUGGAAUUGCUUUGGCAGUAGUAGGAGAAAGAAGACUGUCAGUGAUCUCGAAGACAAAACCGAAGAAUCGCUUAGGACAGAGAACGAAGCUUCGCUAUCAACGUCUAUUUCCGAACACUUACAUAAAACCGAAACGAACAUGGAUCCUGAAAUGUCUAGUUUGGAUAAGGUAGCUUCCCGUACGUCAGUGCCGCUAUCACUUACCAAGCUUCCGUCUUGUGCGCUGUCACCGAUCGUUGAAGAUGUUGUUAUACCACAAAAAGUCAAACCAACACUGGUUGGAGCAAUUGAUAUUAAGCCAGAAUUCUAUGUUCCAUGCUCGGGUCAAACAACAACAGUAACAACAACAGAAACAACUGCAACAACAGCAAAAACAACAGAAGCAACAAUGCCAACACCAACAACAACAACAGAUAUUCAAUGUCUACCAGGCCGAGAUGUUGUACCAACACAAGAGCGACGAUUCUCAAUGAAAUCAUUUGACCUUCCACCAUCGGUUACGUUAUGUUCGACAGAGGGCUUGACCAUGGAAUCACUUGAACAACAACCGUCAAUUACAUUAUGCUCGAUAGACAAGGAAAAUUUGUCAAAAUGUGACUGUCCGAAAGAGUAAAUGAAAAUUAUCGAUUUGA